UCCACAAAUGAAAGAAAAUUGCAAAAAUCAUUUCAGUAAAUUGGCAAAUGGGAACUUCUUGCUUGUGUUCAACAACUCUCUGUAGAUAUCCACAGUGGAUGGUCAGCUAUGGCUAUACCUCUCACAAUUCUCCCAAAAGACUACAAAUAACUGCCACAACUACUAUAACGGAAAAACAGACACGUGUCUCUGCUACUACUAAGGCACGUAAGCCAAUAAUAACUGCGGCGAUACUGGCGGCAGCUGCGGCGGUGAUAGUGGCGGUGAAUGGAGCGGAUGCGGUGGCAGUGGCGGCGGCGGCGAAGAGUGAAACGCAACAGGAAAUAAUUGGAGAGGAGACAUUUUCAAACGUACCGCAAACGCUGUCUGGUGAUUGUAGUGAUGGACAGAAGGAAUGUAAGAAGGCUAGGAUUCAAAGACCAAAGUCAAGACAAGCAGAGAGUUGUACGGUUAAAUGUGUGAAUACUUGUAUUCGUGGUGGUAGUGGAUCUCCUGGUGAAGGUCCUCUUAACGUUAGAAGGUUAAAGCUUCGGACAAUCAAGAAAUCAGCUUGUUAGGUAGAAGAAUGUUCACAGCUACUUCAUUACAAAAACUCGGGGAGAAAAAGGCAUGUUUGGUACAUUUUAAAACAUAACUGCAGGAAAUCGUGAGAUUCAUGCUCUUAGGAAACUAGAUAGAAAGCAUGAACUGCUUGCGGGGUGAAGAAGACAAGGGUGUGGAGUUAUUUCUAGCAUUUUUUUUAUGUUUGAAAUUACUUCGUUUAGAUACAAAACAGCUCUCUUAGUUUUGCUUGUUUCAUUGUUGACAAUUGGUGAAGCAUGUCUUCUAUAGACGGAUAAAAACACAUCGAGUACUCAUAGCUGAAGAGAUAUUUUGCAACUUUAAAAUUGUAAGUGAAGUUUACAUAGUUGGUGCAGUUUGAUUAAUAGUAUGUAAUUCAACUUCUUCUAGUCGGUUAAUUUAGCCUUCUGCAGUUCCUUUUUCUUUCAUCCCUCCUUUAUAAUGAUUGAAAAUGCUUGUAAGCAAAGAAAUGUCUACUUCAUGGUAUACUAUUUCUAAUUUACUUAAUUGAUAGAUGAUAACCUAGUUAAAAUAACCAUAGUUCGUCAUCCUCCAAUCCAACCAGCCCCCUUUUCCAUCAAUUUUUUUAUAUAAAAAAGAAGACAGGAAAGGAAAAAUGACCAUGGCAUUAGAGACUCCUUUCUGUAGAAGUGAUUGAACGUGGUCAGGAUGUAAGAUAUUUUGACAAAGAGACACUGUGGAU